CGACUAGUCGUGAUAGAUCAAUUGAUACCUAAGGCAAUGGUAGAAUUGAUAUUAUAGCCAUUAUCAAAUGAUUUACUGUAAAGAGACACACGGGGAUGGUCUUCAUUGAACUUCAAGCAGAGGCUGGGGAAUAACGUCACUAAGAGAGAAUAUUGAUUGAUAAUAAGAUAAUCUGAUCCAACAUGGGUCGGAGUAUCUUAUCUUGGUGUCUGUUAGCGAUUUUGAUAGGACCAUCUAGUCAAGUAAUUGAAUACCCAUUGAUAGAUGCUGUUCCAGCCAACCCCGACAUCUGUAAAAGUGGAUACUAUUGGGAUGAGCUCCAGGGAGAUAACUGUUGCAGCUACCACCAAUGUAAUGACGAUUAUACGCUUGCAUAUCAACGUUUCUGUGCACCUCCAUUGGUUUGGAACAUGAAUGACAGCACAUGCGAUUGGCAGGACACAGUUUGGUGGUGUCCCGUAGAAGACGACAGUUGUUGGGCACCCCCUGAACAAAUACGUCAGUCACCACCCAACUGUACAGCUAACCUGACUGAAAAUCAAUGUUGUCAAAUUGGAAAAUUGGACGAGGUGGAGAAGGGUGUUGGACUUCUUUUCACUAAGAUCAAUGAUACGUUCUACAAGUACCACCAUGACAGAUGGGCGCAGGAAUGCCCCCAGAAUGGAACUUUCAACUUGGAAACGUGUUGUUGUGAGUCGCAUGUAUACGCUCUUCCAUCUUGCUGGCAGUGGGAUUUUGACCUGGUACUUAAUGACGAGAGGCAAAAUCUCCCCAUGGCUGAGGGGGGAUGUCGAUUUUUCCGGCACGGAUCAAGCACACAAAGAACAAAUCCCGGUGUUCCACGUGAGCUUCCUGGUUAUUCUCUUGAAUGCAUGAAUGACGGCAGACCAGCGGAAUUGGAAUAUUUCUCUAAUGCAUGGUGGGGAGAUCAGUUCGCCAUGGCAGUUUGGUUCAAGUGCAUUGAUGACUGCGGUGAUGGAAUUGUAUAUUCCAAUGGGAACGAGGCAACUGAGUUCAUUAGUGAAAUAAACCCCACGUUGCAACUUUCAGUAGAUCCUGUUAACAACAGGGCGACCUUCCUUAUAGCAGAUAAAUACAGUGUCAAAACCUUCAUGAAAACUGUUGAUUUGAGAGUAGAUUCGCACGAAUGGAACUUCUUUCUGUUCCAAAUGAAGGGAACGAACAUUUGGUGCCAUUGGGGCACUCAAGAUGGUUACGAGUCAAGCUUUGAUGACACGUCACUCCUUGAUGCCGAUUUUAGGUUUGUAUCGGAGGGUAACAAAUGUAAUCUGAAGAUUGGAGCGUUCAGAGGAUUGGUAGAUCAGAUUCUGGUUUGUCCCACACCAUUCUCCAACGAAUGGGUGAAGAAAUGGUCAAGGAAUCCUAAUCUGUACCCCGAACCUCACUAUGCCUGGGUGUGGAGACAGCUCAAGGGUAUUCAGCUUGUUGCCACGACAACGACGACGACGACAACAACAACAACUACUACAACUCGUCCUAGACGACGAGGAAGAAAGAGAAGGCGUGCUAUAAAAAAUAAACGCAAUGCUGCCUAAAGAGCCUACACUCCCCUCAAUAAAUUUGCCCACCGGAAGUUCCUCUUUGGAUUAUUCAUCAAAGCCUAAGAAACAAAAAUUGAGAUUCAAAAAUUGUCGGGCUUUUUAAAUGCUAUCCAAUGAUAACAUUCGGUUCUCAAACUUAUGUUGGGGAGUGUAAACUGAAAUAAGAUGAUAAACGUUUAAAUGUAAGAAAAAUAAGAUGAUGAAAAUAAAAACAUGGUCUG